CGCCCUCGUAGGGGGUGUCCGGCGGGCCCUCAAUACUGCCCGACCACUGGAAAUAGUCGGUGCCAUUGGGUGCGGCCGUACAGCCCGGCGGCGGAUCUCUUUGAAGUUCUGUCAACUCUUUGUGGAUUCUCUUUAAGGCCAUUGUAUCGCCCGAUGGAGUGCUCUCUGAAAACUGUCUUCGGAUUACUGCAACAAGAGUUGACCCAAAGGGGAGGAAUGGGUCGCCCCCUGACGCCGGGCACUCGGGCACCAUUAAGGCGUGGAUUAUCACAAGAGGUUAAUCUAAUGGACUUAUCGAUGGAUGAACUCUCACAACUAUAUCCGGUAACCCCAGUGGACAAUACGGGAGUCAUAGCGUUCACACCACUUACUGCGCCCGAUGCGGACAAACCAAUGGAGGCGUCGACUCAAGUAAAUCCCAUUAGUUCUCAACCCGAAUACCACAUAACACCGGCUCCGAUGCGACCCAAUAGAGACCCGACAAGUUUGGCGACGGGUGGCGCCCCUUACGGAAGCCCUAUACCCAGCACUUCACCCAAAUAUCGUCUCAAAAAGGCAUUCAAGUUAUUACCCGUAGGCCGAGAGCCUGAAGGCGCGAUUGGCAGCACAUCCGCCGAAGUCUAUCUGCCCAGUCGUGAAGAGAUGGGCGCUCCGGGAGGGUCUGCCUUAGGGCACAACGAAGUGCGGGACAAAACCCUUAGAGAUUUACAAACGCUGAGAGGGAAGGGCUUUGAUAUACAACUCGAUAAAAGUGGUGUAUUGGGAGAAGGUGGCUACGGUACAGUUUACAAAGGUGUUUACACUGAGCAUAUUGGCGAACUGAGCGGCCGUUCCGGCACUCGCAUCGGACAGGUAAAGCCCGGCCAACGAUUUGCCGCCAAAUAUGUGCAGUUCGUGUCGACAACUGUCCCAAUGUUUCGUCUCUAUCACGAGACAGAGAGACAGCUAUUGAAAGCACUCAAACAUCAAAAUAUUGUGACGUUUAAAAUGGCCAUCAAUUUGGGUAAAAAACGGUAUUUGAUUAACAAUAUUGACCGAAAUGUGCGGCCAAUCGUCUCGCAUGACCGCAUGUUUUUGGUGAUGGAGUGCGCGGAGUGUAGUCUUUACAAGUUUGGCACAGAUCGCAGACUCACCGAUCGGUUGGCCAUCAAAUUUGCACAGAAUUUGUGCUCAGGCCUAAUCUACAUGCAUGACAACGGUGUGAUUCACCAGGAUAUACACGCGGGCAACGCUCUUGUGUUUUGCGUUGGCCUUAAAGCCGAUGAUUUUGUGGCCAAAUGGACAGACUUCGGGACCGGUGUAUCGGUGGAGCUCUUUAAACGCUGGGCCGUUACUAUUGGUCGAAAUGAGUUCAAUCACAUGAAAGUGGAUGAUAUCAAUUGUAUGGUCGGUGUCAUCAAAUUCAUGGUCUCGUCGGCCAAAGAUGCCGGACAUAGUGUCCCACAUGUGUUGACACAAUUGGCCGAAGAUAUUGCCCGAUCGGGAAAAUCAUUGGCCGAAUGGUUUGUUUGUAUAGAAAAUGUUGUGUCCAUAAUUCAUAUUCCUUGUGAAAAACAAACACUUCACUCAUUGAUAACGAGAUUACGAAUACGAGAUAUAAGAGUGACACUUCUGUGUCAUGCAUUUGCCCGCAUACGUACGCAUACGGCUAACCAGACCUACGUUUCCCUAUUAACCGCCGAUGACUGUUCCGGAGAAGCGUUGGAUUUG